CCUUCGACAACCGGAGGUCGUGCCUCCGGUGGCGCAGCCGGUAAGCAAUCGGGCUCGCAGGAGCAGCACCAGGUUCUACCACCACGAUCUUUGAAGGAGGAUUCCACGAUAAAGUAUACGGUCGAGAAAGGGAAAAGAGUUACUGUUAACAUCAGCACCGGUACGCUUGCUGGUUAUCAAACGUUAGCGUCCUCCGGAAAGGCAGUUAACGUUUUUAAGCGAGUUCCAUACGCUGCAUCACCUAUUGGAGAACUGCGUUUCCAGAAACCACGACCAGCCAAGAAAUGGGACGGCGUUUGGGACGCUACCGACCUUCUGGCUGCAUUGGAGUUCGUUCAGAAGGAAAUUCAGUGUUUUGGUGGAGAUCCUAACAAUGUUGCUGUGAUGGGUCACUCGAGUGGAGCUGUUGCGGCGGCGCAAUUUUCAUUCUCGAAGCAGAUCGACCCACAUUCG